CUUAAAUUCCCAAGUUUCAACUUUCAAAAUUUUCAUCAUCUCAUCCCUUUUUCCCCCAUUUUUCCAAUUUAACUGUGAGUAGUACCAUUUUCUGUACUGAUCAAAAGUCAUAUAAUCUGACUUCGAAAAAGCAAGCCAAAUAUUAAGCCUGGUGGGAAUUAAAGUUUUUAUUUAAAUCAUCACAAAAAAUAAAGUAGUACGUAUAUUUAAACCCAACCAAAGCAAGUGGUUGACGACAGUCAUCAUCAUCCCCGACUCUGUAGACAAUUUCAUUCAUCAUUUCUUUUUUGCAUUUCAUUUCCCAUCACACAAACAGUAGACUUCAAAUUGGUGAUUGGUGAGUGGGUUUUCUUCUACUCUGGGAAAUAUCGGCGAACCUUCAGUAACAUCAUUUUAAUUAUUGAGGAAAAAAAAAUCAGAGCCUUUCUUCUUUGUAUAUGACUUGUUUCUGGGCCAUGCUCAUUUUUUUGUUGAAUUAAUUAUUGGACUUACUUAACUCACUGGUUUUUUCCUUUUUCUGGGUCGUCUUUGUUACUACUGUUCUUUGCUUAGAAAAAUUUCCGGCACAGAAGAAAAAAAGUUGCUUAUUUGAUUACAGCGAGUUCUUAUUGAGCCCUUUCUUCUGGGUUUGGGGAAGUACGAAAUCUUUUGUGUUGUUUCUUAUGGUUUAGUUUUUCGUUGUAAUUUUUGGAAUUUUAGGUCAUCGUUUUCUAGUUAUUGUCCGCAAAGAAGGGAGAAGGGGGGUCUGCGUUUUUUCAUUACUAUUUCUCUUCUUGUGUUACAGACUUUGCGUAGGUUGGUUUUAAACUUUCUUAGUUUGUUCUUUUUUUCCCCUGUAAAUGGAAAAUGAAGGAAAUGCUGUUAUUUCACUCUUCUGUUGAAAGUUUUAUGGAUUGGCUGUUAAGGAAUGCUUCUGGAAGACUGGAAAUUUCUCUGUAGGAUUUGAAGUAUUAGACACCAUUCUUUUGUUCCUCUGGGAAAUUUUAUUGUUUUUCAUAUAUUUCUUCAUACUGUUUUCUUUUGUUUUUCUGGUGGGUAGACUACAUAGUUUGGUGCUGUGAUUACUAGUUAACUUCUUAAAUGAUCUCAUUUAUGGUGUUACUUUUCAUUUUCUGGUCAAGUAAAGGUGUAAUUGUUAUUUUGCUCUGCUACAUGUGGUGGCAUCUUCAUUUGUAAAUUUGUAAUGUUUUUAGUGGUAAUAUGACAUGUGAGAUGAUUUUUAAAGGGUUCUUAUCAUUGUUAUAGGGUUCUUCAUUUAGAAGUUUGUCGCCAUUGGAGGCAACUUAUGCAUGAACUUAUGCAUGAAGGCAUUUAUUAUUUCGAGCGUUCAGUGGUCAGUUUUUAUUUGGUCCUGAUGACAUUUUACGAGUUGGAGCUAUGAAUCACGAGCACCAGCAGGAGAAGUUUGUCAGGUUUCAGGACUGGAAAUCAGUUGCAAGUUUUGAAGGGGAAUAUAGAACUAAAGAUGAAGUCCAUAACGCAAAACCUCAGACCACAGUGUAUUCCUUUUCUGAUAAAUUCCACAGGAGCUUUGAGACUGGUACCCAAAGGGUAAAGAGUUUUAAAAAAUCAGUCAGAUCCUUUUCAUUUACUAGCCUUUUGCCCAAAGACUUGCGGCCUAAAAGCCAAAUUCUUGAUCCACAAGGACCAUUUCUUCAAAGGUGGAAUAAGAUAUUUGUAAUUUCUUGUGUGAUUGCUGUCUCUUUGGAUCCCUUGUUCUUCUAUAUUCCACUGGUUGAUAAUGAGAAAAAGUGCCUUGGUCUGGACAAAAAGUUGGAGGUGACAGCCAGUGUUUUGCGUUCUUUCACUGACAUAUUCUACCUCAUUCACAUUAUCUUUCAAUUUCGAACGGGCUUUAUUGCCCCUUCUUCACGUGUGUUCGGAAGAGGGGUUUUGGUUGAGGACUCCUGGGCUAUAGCGAAAAGAUAUCUGUCAUCCUACUUCUUGAUUGACAUUCUCGCCGUCCUUCCAUUGCCACAGGCUGUUAUAUUAAUAAUCAUUCCUCGGCUGAGAGGUGCACGAUCUCUGCGUACAAAGGAUUUGUUAAAAUUUGUUGUCUUUUUCCAAUAUAUACCAAGGGUUGUGCGAGUUUAUCCACUGUAUAAAGAAGUGACAAGAACUUCUGGCAUACUCACUGAAACGGCAUGGGCUGGGGCUGCAUUUAACCUCUUUCUCUACAUGCUAGCCAGUCAUUUGCUGGGAGCCUUUUGGUACUUGUUCUCCAUUGAACGUGAAACUACGUGCUGGCAGAAAGCUUGUGGGAAUAAUGCUACUUGUGUGCAUGCAUCAUUGUACUGUCAAGAUGAUCACAGCGUUUUUAAGGAGCUUCUUAAUAGCUCUUGUCCCAUAGAUGAUCCUGAUCCUAAAAAAUUUGAUUUCGGUAUAUUCAUAGAUGCCCUUCAAUCUGGUGUUGUGCAAUCAACCGAUUUUCCUAAGAAGUUCUUUUAUUGUCUUUGGUGGGGCCUCCAGAACUUGAGCUCUCUUGGUCAGAAUCUGAAAACAAGUACAUUUGUGUGGGAAAUUUGCUUUGCAGUCUUCAUUUCCAUCUCUGGGUUGGUGCUAUUUUCAUUUCUCAUUGGAAAUAUGCAGACAUAUCUGCAGUCUACUACUAGAAGAUUAGAGGAGAUGAGGGUGAAACGGCGUGAUGCAGAGCAGUGGAUGUCCCAUCGUUUGCUUCCAGAGAGUUUGCGAGAGCGGAUCAGGCGAUAUGAACAAUAUAAAUGGCAAGAAACUAGGGGUGUUGAUGAGGAGAAUCUGAUUCAGAAUCUGCCUAAAGACCUUAGAAGAGAUAUAAAGCGCCAUCUUUGUUUGGCGCUUUUGAUGCGGGUGCGUUCUUUUUUGCAUUACUUGCGCUUAAAAUCUUCUGACACUUCAAUUCAAAAUUAGUUUGUCAAGUAAAAAAUUGCUUCCCUUUUCAAAUGAAUUUACAGUUAGGAAAAGUGCAAGAAAGCACCUUUUAUUUCCCCUCUCCAUCUUUUCUUCUCCUGCAUUAUCGGUGCUUUUUCUUAUAAUUAGCAUGUACUUCUAAUAGUUUCUCUGGGUUGUUUUUCAUAUUUUUCUGAGUAAUAAUUUUGUUUUCCUUCUGGUAUUACUGCUACAGUGGCUUAGAAAGUUGUGUAUAGCAAAAAAUUUCUUGUCACAAACUCCAUUCAUUUCAUUGACUUCAUUCGUUGUUCUUUUGCUCGUCUAUUUGAAGGUUCCUAUGUUUGAGAAGAUGGAUGAACAACUUUUGGAUGCAUUGUGUGAUCGUCUUAAGCCAGUUUUAUACACUGAAGACAGCUUCAUUGUGAGGGAAGGUGAUCCAGUUGAUGAGAUGUUGUUCAUAAUGCGUGGCAAGCUCUUUACUAUGACAACCAAUGGAGGAAGGACAGGUUUCUUCAACUCGGAUUACCUAAAAGCCGGCGAUUUUUGUGGAGAAGAGCUCCUUACUUGGGCCCUAGAUCCUCAUUCAUCGUCUAAUUUACCAAUAUCAACAAGAACUGUCCGAGCCUUGUCAGAGGUUGAAGGAUUUGCACUAAUAGCAGAUGAUCUGAAGUUCGUGGCAUCACAGUUUAGGCGAUUGCACAGUAAGCAACUUCGUCACACUUUCAGGUUUUACUCUCAACAGUGGAGGACUUGGGCAGCCUGUUUUAUACAGGCUGCUUGGCGCCGGUACUGUAGAAAGAAGAUUGAAGAGUCACUGCGUGAAGAAGAAAAUAGGUUACAAGAUGCACUCGCAAAGAAUGGAGGGAGUUCACCCAGUUUGGGUGCCACCAUUUAUGCCUCAAGAUUUGCUGCUAAUGCACUUCGUGCUUUACGUCGUAAUGGCGCGAGGAAAUCAAGGAUGCCCGAGACGGUGUCACCUAUGUUGCUUCAAAAGCCAGCAGAACCUGAUUUUACUGCCGAUGAUAAUUAGUUAGGUAUUAUUGUUAGAUCAAUAGUAGUAAUAUCUUUUAUUUUUAUUAUGGUUGUGCUAUAUCGUCCUGUAAUCUAAGAGUCAACAGUCAAAUGUGCAUAUUUUAAUGUAUAUGUAACUAUGUAACUUUAUAAGAUAGUUUUGGCACUGAAUGUCAGUAUAGUAUUCUUUUUACUCCUUUAGUUCUGGGAAUUAAUUUCCUGUUGUCCAUCUUAGUAUAAUUUUUUUUUACUAAUCCAAAGAGCAUUUGGGCUUCUCCAAGUCUACAACAUCGUCAGAUUCAUCUAGGAGGGCAAUUAAUUUGUAUUAUUAUAUAAACUUCACCAGUAAUCGUUGCAAGAACAUUUUCCGUCUAUCAUAUGAUGGAAUCUGUUGGAAUCCCUGACCACUAUUUCUCUUCCGGUGGCCAAUGAUAUGUACUUUAUUGCAGCAUGACAAUCUCCACAAACACGAAGAUUUUUGAAUAUCCUAAUCGGCUUUGGUGUAGAUGUGCUUAUGAGGCCAAACGUGACAGCCAAUUUUUCACUGUGUUGCAACAGAUAUUGUUCUUUCUGUUCUUCAUCCACUUCAUGAAGCACCAGAUUGGUGUUUGGUACAUAACCCAACUCCUUAAUCUUAGAGAUAACCUGAUGUAGUUCUUCAUAUAUCUCCUUUGCUUCUGGAUGUUCUGUAUCACCAACGUAAAACUUGUGCACCUUGUUUUCUGUUUCUAUCCAGCUAUAACCAGCUUCCGUCAACAAAUUUCUUUCUUUCAUGCUUUUCCUAACGUUUGCUACCUCUUCCCAUUGGCCCCCAGAAGCAUACAAGUUCGAGAGUAAUACAUGUGCUGCUGGGUCAUUUGGAUGCUGCAUAAGGAUCAUUUUUGCGGCGUGUUUCCCCAAUUCUUGAUUUCCAUGAACGCAGCAGGCUCCAAGAAAUGUCCGCCAGACUAAGGUAUCAGCAGCUAAUGGCAUAGAUUCUAUAAAUUUAAAAGCCUUCUCCAGGAAACCCGAUCGGGCUAAUAUGUCAACCACGCAUGAAUAGUGUUCCAUCCUAGGUAUCAUUCCUUGUUCUGAUAACAUUUUAUGAAAGUGUUUCAAUCCCUCCUCUACCAUACCAGCAUGGCUACAAGCUGACAACACAGCAACAUAAGUAACCUCAUUAGGUUUCACACCGCCCAAAAGCAUUUUGUCGAACAAUUCUAAGGCCCUUCUUGCAUACCCAUGUUUAGCAAACCCAGUGAUCAUAGCUGUCCACGAUACAACAUCCAAAUCCGACAUAUACUUGAAAACCUGAUAAGCAGCUUCUAUAUUGCCACACCUCGUGUACAUGGAGAUCAAUGCGUUACAGAUAGUUUGGCUAGACUCAAACCCGGCCUUCAUCAAUCUUGCAUGGAUUUGCUCACCUUUACCAACUGCACCUAUGCUGGCGGCUCCAUUCAAGAUAUUAGCAAAGGUAAAAGCAUCAACCUCUGUUCCAGAAAUCUGAAUUCGACAAGAAGGCUCAAAAGCCUCGUCAUAUUCUGGAUCCUUUGCAUGCGUAUCAACUGCAUUAUCAGAGAUCAAAAUCUUCUCAAAUAGAAGUUCAAAUUCUUUCCUAGCGUCUUCUAUCUUAUCACAUUUUGCAUACAAGCUGAUCAGUGCAUUGCUCACGCCAUCAGACUUCCUAAGACCUAACUUCACGGCUUGACCGUGUAUGUUUUUCCCGGUGUCAAUAUCUGAUAAAUUCCCACAAGCCUUUAACAAAGCUGAAAAGGUAAAAUGAUUAGGUCUCACCGAGCCAUCCUCCACCAUCAUACGAUACAACUCAAUGGCUUCUAGAUCCCUCCCUGCAUUCCGUACGUAACCAGUGAUAAUAGCAGUCCAUGACAUGACAUUAUGGAAUGGCAUUCGGUCAAAUACUUUCCUGGAAUCAAUCAUUGGUCUUUCCACACUGCAUUUUGCAUACAUGUCGACUAAACUACAACCAACACAAACAUCUGAUGACAAUCCAGAUUUGAUAGCCGAAGAAUGCAGCUGCUGCCCAAGGGAUAACCAGUCUAAUUCGGCACAAGCUGAUAAAACCCCACUCAAUGCAUAAAUAUCGGGGAGAAAACCCGACAGCAGCAUAUCCAAAAACAGCUGAACUGCAUUUCUUGGGUCACCGCAUUGAGAAAAUCUAGUAAUCAGGAGCGUCCAUGUAACGUGGUUCUUCACGGGCAUUUGAUCAAACACCUCCGUGGCAAAUUUGAAAUCACCAAAGCCUCUCGAAAACAUAUCAACCAGCGCACACCCAACGUUCAAAUCACCAGUAUAGCCCGUUUUCAUCGCGAGCCCGAAAAGCACGGGUCCAAACCGAGCAUACUCAGGACUGCAACAAGCCUGAAUCGCAGCAGAGAAGCAAAACUGAUUAGGAUGCUGGCCGCAUUCAAGCAUUUCAAAGAAGGUCGAAAUUGCUUCCAACUCCAUGCCAUUAUGAGCAUAACACGAAAUCAUCGCGCUCCAAGAAACCAUAUCCUUAUCCUCACCCAUGGACUCAAAAAUUGUUUCAGCCGUAACCCAAUCACCGUUCUUAGAAUACAGAGUGAUGAGCGUGUUGAGCACAAUGGAAUCGAGCUUGAGCGACGACUCCAUAAGCCUGGAAUGAACGAGCUUCCCCAAAUGGAAGUUCCGGGAACGGAUGCAGGAUUUGAGGAGGAGAGAGUAGAAAGUGAGGUCAGGAGUGAGGCCAUUUCGGGACAUGAAAUUCAGGGUGGAGACUGCUUGUUUGAUGUCACCCGCAUCCGCGUGGCGGAUUAGGCUGCCCUUCAGAGACUCGAAAUCGGGUUUCCUGAUGAGAGGCGGAGUUACGGUGACGGUGGUUGGGUUAGAAGGGGGCUUCGGCCGGCGAAUGGGUGGCGGUAAUGGGAACAGUUUGGGGGGUGAAGCAAGAUAAAGACUAACAGCCAUGACGUUUCAACUCCCAACUCCCUAGCUCUCUUCCCAUUCCAAGCCCAAAUUUCCGAUGGUGGCUCGCAUAAAUGCUACGAGACAAUGGUUUUGAUGAAACGGAAUUACUCGUCGUCCCAUAAUUAUUGUCCAAUUUGAAUUUUUAUUUUUAGUUCAAAUUCUCUGUUCUAUAAUUAUUGUCCGAUU